AAACAGAUACAGUAUCAUUUCUUAUUGCACAUUUAAAAAUCCCAUUCAUCUUUCCAUCUACUUUUACACAAAAACCAUACAACAAAUCCAUAAUUAGUCAAAAAAAUACUCCAAAUGACAGCUAUUACUCACAAGUCAUAACAAAAUCACGGUAAGAAUCUUCAAAUCAAAUUUUAAUGAAAAAACAUAAAUUCCAUUUCCAAGUACAAUAACAAUAAAAAUAAAAAUCUCCUAUGAAAUGAGAAAUGGGCCCCACUUUGAUACAUAACACUAGCAGCGCGGGUCUUUUUAAACCUCCCUUCUCACUUCCUCCUACUCUUCAACUCUAACCUCUUUUCCACCACAUUAACCGUCGUCCGACACUUUUUCCCGGCGAAACACUACGUCGGAAUAUUUGAUAUUGGAAUUGGUAUAAUGAAGCAGCCAUUUUAUGGGAUUGUAAAUGAUUUCAGUGGAAGAUGGGCAUGUUACAAGCAAGAUUGGAGUGGUGGAAUUCGAUCCGGUUUCGGGAUAUUGGCACCAACUACCUAUAUUUUCUUUGCUUCUGCUCUUCCUGUAAUAGCUUUUGGGGAGCAACUCAGCAGAGAUACAGAUGGAAGUUUGAGCACAGUUGAAACAUUAGCAUCAACAGCAAUAUGUGGGAUAAUUCACUCAAUAAUUGGUGGGCAGCCUCUUUUGAUAGUUGGGGUUGCAGAACCAACUGUGAUCAUGUACUCUUAUCUUUAUAACUUUGCGAAAGGGCGGUCAGGUUUGGGAAAGGAACUUUACCUUGCUUGGGCUGGAUGGGUUUGUGUGUGGACUGCCCUCAUGUUGAUCUUUCUUUCGAUAUUCAAUGUUGCCACGAUCAUUAAACGGUUUACAAGGGUUGCUGGGGAGCUCUUUGGGAUGUUGAUUACAGUUCUUUUCUUCCAAGAAGCUAUCAAAGGAGUUGUAAGUGAAUUUCAUAUUCCCAAAGAUGAGGAUCCACACCAAGAGAAGUAUCUAUUUCAGUGGCGAUAUGCCAAUGGAUUGCUUGGAAUAAUAUUUACUGUUGGUGUUUUUGUAAUGGCCUUAAAGAGCCGUAGAGCAAGGUCAUGGCGCUAUGGUACCGGUCGUAUGAGGAGCUUCAUUGCAGAUUAUGGAGUUCCAUUGAUGGUUGUGCUUUGGACUGCCUUGUCGUUCAGCGUUCCUUCUGGAGUUCCAAAGGGUGUACCUAGAAGGCUCUAUAGUCCUCUGCCUUGGCAGUCCAAGUCUGUGUACCAUUGGAGUGUAGUAAAGGAUUUGGUUAGGGUGCCAAUAGCUUACAUCUUUGCUGCCAUCAUUCCUGCUCUGAUGGUUGCAGGACUGUACUUUUUCGACCAUAGUGUCGCUUCACAACUAGCUCAGCAAAAGGAAUUUAAUCUGAAAAAACCUUCUGCCUACCACUAUGACAUUUUGGUGCUUGGAUUUACGACUUUGCUUUGUGGACUACUCGGAUUACCUCCAUCAAAUGGAGUUCUUCCUCAAUCUCCUAUGCAUACAAAGAGCCUUGCUGUCCUCAAAAGGCAGUUGAUGGGUAGAAAAAUGGUAAAAUCUGCAAAGGAAAGCAUACAGAAAAAUGCUAGCAGCACUGAAGUAUAUGGUCAGAUGCAGGAUGUUUUCAUCGAAAUGGAUCAGAAUCCCAAUCCACAUGAAGUUGUGAAGGAGUUGGAAGAUUUGAAGCAGGCAGUUAUGAAUGGAGAUAGCAAAGACGGAAAGGAACACAAAGCUUUUAAACUUGAACACAUUGACUACUAUUUACCUGUAAGAGUCAACGAGCAAAGAGUGAGCAACAUCUUACAAUCAGUCCUUGUAGCAUGUGCUAUGUUUGCUAUGCCGGUGAUCAAGCUAAUACCCACCUCUGUCCUAUGGGGAUACUUUGCAUAUAUGGCCAUUGACAGUCUCCCGGGAAGCCAGUUCUGGGAGAGAAUCCUCCUCCUCUUCAUUAGACCAGCAAGACGAUACAAGGUUCUGGAAGAAGCUCAUGCAUCAUAUGUGGAAUCAGUACCUUUCAAAUCCAUUGCUGCUUUCACAGUAUUCCAAAUCGUGUACUUGUUGAUAUGCUUUGGAGUUACUUGGAUACCGAUAGCAGGGAUACUCUUCCCCUUGCCUUUUUUCAUUCUCAUAAGCAUACGCCAACAUAUCCUCCCGAAGUUUUUUCACCCCUUUCAUCUUCAAGAACUGGAUGCGGCUGGCUAUGAGGAGAUUGCUGGUGCACCUAGACGCUCUCAUAGCAAGUCUUUCAGGGAAGGAGAAACUCGUCAUGAUGAUGAGGGAGAUGAUUCUGAGAUACUAGAUGAGUUGACGACUAGUCGAGGGGAGUUCAAGAUCAGAGCUAUGAGCUUUGAUAAUCCUCAGAUUCAUCCUCAAGGGAAUAGUACUAGUUCAGAAUAAAAAAACACAAGCAUAGUACAAGGCAGAUGGAAAAGGCUAAUGAUGAUGAAAGAUAGCUUCUAUACAAAAGACAUUCAGAAAUAUUUUGCAUAAGAAACGUCAAACCUUGAAAAUUAACAAAGUUAAUCGCAUGCCUAUGCAAGUAAGCAUGCAGAUUGGUAAGGAGGGGGAUGUCACAAUAUUUUUUGGUCGAAAUUCAGAAAGAUGAGAUGCACAUACAUUAUAAACUCGAAAAUUAACCAAGUUAGCAAGCUUUAGGAAGCAUAAAUUCAUUGUAGAAUAUUGAUAGGAAAUUGUCAGUAAAAAUUAUGUUCAACUUUUUUGCUGCGAAAGGCAAGAAUUUUGAAAGCUUCGUCCGUUUCGUUAUCUGGAAAAAAAAAGAAAGUGUCCAAUUACCAUACAUUGAAGUGUCCAAUUACCAGAGUUAGUAUAUAGAGAAGAUGAACAAUCAAUCAAUAAAUAACCCUAACCCUUGUUUAAAAAUAACACUUUGAAUGGGAAUUACCCAUCAAAAAAAAUUGAUAUUUGAUGAUUACAAAAGGAAAACAGAGCUUACCACAAAAAGCAGCUUCAAUGGAGGAUAGAGAUAGGAAUAUCAAAACACUGCUGUUCAAUGGAUUAGAGUUUCAGAGAUCGUAUAAUAAACGGAUCAGAUAUUGUAAAAUAAACCUCAAGGUCUCAACUUCUCACUGAUCUCUUUAUCAGAAUAUAUUUUUUUUUUUUUUGAGGGGGUUAUCAGAAUAUAUAUACAAGGCUAAGCAACCUAAUUCACGUAGGAAUCUAUAGCUUGGGGAAUACUUUUUCCUUCAAAAUUUAAUUCUAAUAAUCCAAUAUUUGCUCAGUUAUUAAUAAUCUUACCUUUGACCUAUUAUUUAAUAAUCCUACCUUUAUAAGGCAUCUUCUUCUAUUAAUAUCUUAUGACCGGUAACCUAUACAUUGGGUAAUUUUAAAUGUUAACCAUAGUUAAAUAAUUAGAUUAAAUCAUUAUUAAGGUUACCAAUUGAUUAGUCAUUCUAUUUGGGGUUUACCAUUGAUAAUAAAUUUUAAGAAUAUUUAC